AUGGCCCUUUUCUUUUGCGAAAGAUCCUUCCCAAAGCCAGAGACUUCAGAAGCUAUCACAGUUGAACGAAAGUCGGGCUCGUCAGCAUUUAUUUUGCCCAAUACCUCUCUUGCCGCCUCGGUUCACCCGUCGGAUGCCCUGCGAAGCAAGGCGGACCACCAUUCGUUGGCAGAUAGUGGCUUCAAGUACAUCUCAAGUGCGACACCGAUUAAGCCCGCCAUCGAAGUGGCCCAGCCACAAACCCUAGGCGGCAUCAGCACGAACGCCACGACGGUGGGAGCAGCAGCUACUCCUGCUCUCCUGCGAUGUGCCUACACUGGAAACCAAUUGCAAAUCUCCACGGGCCUUCUCUCUAACCACGCGGGACUGCAGAUUGUUGAGAAACCACUGCAUCUCCAAUCUGCUGCAUUUCCUCAAGCAACGGCCGGCGUGCCUGCUCACCCUGGCUUGACUGUAAUCUCAGAUGGCAUUCAAACCUCCCCACUUCAUUGCGACCAAAGUAUAUUAGCGCAUCAUACGACUGCAACAGCUACACCCUACCUCCACUUUGAUCAGGCGGCUGCUGGGAAUCGCACAGGUGCUUUUCUUCAUAAUCGUCAACUCUGUGCAGUUAUUGGGGUGGCCCAGAAAGCACUGACUCAAUUUGAGUCUGGAAUGCCAACGGCGACAACGGGAGGUGCGACAGUGACAACCUCAACUACUCCAACAGCCAGCUAUUUGGCUCCAAGUGCUCAGGCUGCAACCAUAAUUGUGGGCCACAAGGAAGGCACUUCCGGCACCGUUCAGUACGCCAAUGAUAAGGUGGAUUCCAUUAAUCUACUCUCACCAAACGCUGGUCCUGGUUGUAUCUCCCUUCCACCGAGAUCGGCUAGAGUCUUUCAGCUCAUUCUGCCUCAGUCGGCGACGGCAUUGUCGCUGCGUCCGCAUCCUGGAUCUAUGGGAUCUGCCUCAGUAAUUCAGCUAACUACCACAGGGUCCGCUAACCUUGGAACCGCCACAAUCCCACUAAAACAGACCCCAGUAGUCUUGGAAACGGGUCUGGCGGCCCAGACGGCAGCUACAGCGACGGCAGCAACAAUGGAGGAGGCACAUCUCCAGGAUUCUACCAUGGUAGAGUUGCAGACGUCUGGAGAGUUAAUGGAUCCACACAAAACGCCACAAUCAGAUGCAUCGCCAUUGCUAACUCUCGCGGAGUGGGAUCAGCUGCACAAGACUGGAAGCAUUGUCCUCCCAACAGCCCGUAGUCUCAGCUAUUCAGAAGUCCCAACAUCAGCACCAGCGGCAGCAACAACAACAGCCACGAAUACGGGUGAUAGUUCUACAGAAGUGGGUCAAAUCUCCACUGCUACUGCAACUACAAACCUCUACGACACAGCACCUCCAGUGUUUCAACAGGACCAAAAAGUCGAAGAAGAGACCUCAAAAUGGCUUGAUUUCUGCCCCACGCCUUCCACAAAAGAUGUUGCCACCACCAACACCACAACCAAUAGUGGAUCCUUCGUGGAAUCUCUUCCACUAAGUCAACCACCAUCUUCGGGAGACUGGGAGUCGGGCGAAAAGAAAUCCGCCUCCUCCACCUCCUCAAACCAACACAGCAAGCUUCGAGUCCUUCUCUUCGACAUGGAAGACGAGGACGAAGAGGAAGAGGUUGCGCCAGAGACCGAGAGGAUAGCAGUGGGAGAAGGGGAUCUCGAAUCCACAGGCAUAGAACCUCAAGUGAACCCAAGCGAGGUUGUCCAGUUAGAUAAAUCCAAGGAGGGCCGACUGUUCAAAGGGUGUUCUGUGGCUGGAGCUACCGCCAGCCUUCCAACCGCCAUUGUGGCUCCAACCGCAUUUUCAAUUGCAGUGACGCCGUCCACAGGUGUUACAAAUAACAUAAACAACAGCAACAGCUGUGGUGGUAGCAACAAUAACUUUGGGAGCCCCCGGACCUGCUGCACUGCAGAUGAAGGAACGAAGGACUCCUUAAAGGAGAAGCCUAUGAUACCACUAUCAGCUGCCAAGAGAAAACGUCUCUCGCCGGUCAGUAGACAUGGCCAACAGACAAACGGCUUCCAUUCUCCCGCCUCUGCCUCUGCUUCUCCACUAAAACAGAAGAAGUCCGAAGACUCGACAAUUCUGCUUACCGCGUCAGAUACAACUGCCACCACCAACACCACAAUCGCUUCAACCAUAGCCACAGGAUCUUCAACGAAUGCACGAUUUUCCUCCGCUACAGCCACCGCCAAUGUUAAUAAUGGGAUAGAGAUCUCAGCUCCCCUUAAUAGUGGAACCAUUCUUAGUCUACAGCCACCCAGCGCUGGGGCUAAUCGCCUCUCUCUGGGCACGACUCAGCCGAUAGAGGGCAUUACUCUGCCAGUCUCUUCUAACGUCAACUGCGGUGGAAACAUCAUCAUCUGUUCCAGUGCUCCUGCUACUGCUAUUCAACAUCAUCAGCAGCAGUCAGCUUCCAUUGGAGCGUGGAACUGCCAAGUAAAAAGUCUGGAUACAAGAUCCUCUCCAAUGGCUCUAAUUCGACUGCCAAACGGUCAGUUGGCAGCAGUGCCAAGCACCGUUUUCGGUGGAACUCAGGUGACUCUAGCUGCGGCACCACCGCCUCCACCACUGCCACCACCACCACCUCUACAACAGCCAGUUCUGCAAAGUCACGGUGCUACUCUAGUGCUGCGCUACCCCCAACACCACCCAGGUCUUCAAAAGGCAGGUGAUCAAUUUGAUCCCAGCCAGGGGAUUGUGGAUCCCACCAAUGCCACCACUACCAAUCUCACCAUUGUCAACGGGAACUAUCAGUUUCAACAGUCUCCGCAUUUCCAACAUCAGCAACGAUUAGUGAUGGUCUCUUCCGGCAGCAAGAACACUUGCUGCACCACAGCCUGUGACCAUCCAAACGACCUAGGCUCGAGCUCUGUCAGUGGCAACACGGUAGCGACAGGAGGCAGCACCUGUGUAGGUGGUAGCGGGGCGAGUGGGGAUCAGAUGAACAUCCCUCCACCCUCGCAGACACCAACGAUGACGACCACCUUCCAACAGACAUCUGUGGCGGGACAACCACCACAGUUACAGUCACCUGCCGGAGCUCUGACCGUUCUCGUGCGUGGCGCCAACUCACAGAACUCAUUACAAUUGCUGAUCCCUCAACCCGACGGCACAAUGGUUCUUCAGCCGGCCACAAUGCAGAACCAAUUUUGUAGUCGUGCAGCAUCAGUACCAACAUCCGGUGUGUCUCUGCUGCCUCCACCACCACCGGUGCCACAGCCACAACAGCAGCGACAGCAGAACAGCACAACCGGGGAGUUCACUCAGCCAAUUAUCCAGACUGGCUACAUCUCCGUUCCCCGAGGAGAUGAAACGACUUCACUUUUCCACGCACCUACAACUGGUAUUUGUGCCAACGGCCAGUUUGCCGCGGCUGACGACGUUACUACCGGCACCACCGCGACAACGGCGGCAAAUUCUGGAUUCAUUGAAUUCGUCUCCACCACCGGGGUGGAUGGAUCCAGAUCUAUUUUGUCUACAGGUGAUCUUUCCAAGUGGAUUCGGGGUGGAACCAGCACUACCAAGGUUAUUGGAGGAAGAGUAAGCACAAACCAACAGAUAUUCCACCAGGAGGCCUGUCUGGACUCGACUAAUUCCACAAUCAUUCGACUUCCACAAGCUGCCAGUAGGGCACCAGUUAGUCAUCAUCAUCAGCAACAACAACAGCAGCAGCUUCUGUUCCUCACGCCUUCAAACGGUACCACCACGGCGGCUUCAACAAACCCGCAUACAUCCUUUAGUAAUGUUGCCACGAUAGUUCAACAAACCACGGGUCUUGAGCACAAUCAAGGUGUGUGGGCAGCAAAUUCGGCCACAACUGGAACCGCGGCGACAGCUUUACCCAAUCCGACUCCAAAUUCUUAG